AUGUCGUCCAUAUCCUUUCCAGAGUCUUCGUCUAGGCCAUCCGAAGACCAGUUCUACUCAUCUCCCUUUGACCCCAGUUCUUCGUUUCAAAUGAAUCCGCUGUCUUCCCAUCCGCCACGAACACCGAGAACGUCCAUCAUAUCCAAUUCACCACACUCCUACAACCCAACUGGCUACGAAUCUAAUGAGGAAACAGUGGAGAAGGCUGACGCCGAAAGUGUAGAACUAGACGAGGAAGGGGAUAAAGUCCAGGCUGCGGAGAAGAGAAUCCUGAAGGAGGAGGUCUGGCGGGAGAUGUUCUUGACCAGCGACGGACGAGACAAGGCAUUCAAACUGAUACAAUAUUCGAUCCGCGUGUUCCUCCUGUUUCACAGCUCUUUCACAAGCAGUCGACUUUUGCGCCGACCAACGCGUCCGCCAUGGGAGUUGAAUAUCGUCCAACGGCUACAAUCGGCUGCUUCUGGACUAUCUUUUACAAGGAAGUUGCUGUUGCUCUUCAACUGGUUGCGACCGUUGACCGAGAUUCGGGCACAACAAACUGUUCCAUUUUCCUCUGAACAAUCUGCAGAGGUAGCCAGAAAGACACAGAAACCAUUUCUUCACACCGUCCUCUAUGCUCCUCCCCCCAUUUUAUUGGAGUUGGUCAAUGCGGUCGCAGACGAUGUGGCAACGUUUUCAUUAUUAGGGCUUUUGGGAAAGAAGCUCGGGGACCGCGCGGCUCGCUUUUCGGAUUGGUGUUGGCUCUUCUCGACAUUGGCUGGUCUCGUGGAGAAUGGAUUUGAACGGCAGCUGAUCACUAGUCGUACAGCUGAAGUGGAGGGUCGAAUGUACACGGAAUCAAUGGCAGGUCCCGUCUCAGCCACAUCAAAACCCAAGGCAUCGGUAUACGACGAGAAGGAAUUGGCGAGGCUGCAAAAGCAAGAUUAUUGGUUACAGGUUUCACGCGCCAAACUCGUAAUGGAUUUAAUUUUUGUCUCGUAUGAGGUGUUCAACAUUCGGCGCGGAAAAGACGCCAUGAAGGCGUUUACAGGUCUCACGGCGGCGAUGUUGAGCUCUGCCAAGCUGUAUGAGCGACACAAGACUACGCUUCUCAAGGCUAUCAUGACAUCGUAA